CGUAAACGACAAACGAGGCGAUCGACAUGGUAAGUCAACAAUGGGUCCUCAAUGCACACGCCCGGAUUCCUAUGACGAACAUAAUAGACUGUCGCCAGUUGUCAUGACUCACGUUAUACUGCAACACCGGCAGGGGCGGCAGUGGGUAGUCCAACAGUGAAACCACAGAAGAAGCAGCUGCGCAUGCGCUGUGUAAUUCUGAGUGAAGAUGUCUAUCGACUUGGAGCUGAAGAAGGCCUUCUCUGAGCUGCAGGUGAAGAUGCUCGACACCCAGCAGAAGGCGAAGCAUCUCCGACCUGCAGAUUCGGAUCAGUUGACCUCGCGUUGCAGAAACUUCGCAAAGCUAACGAGAGCAGAGAUCUCCCCCGCUGUCUCCAGCACGCGACUCUACGAGGGAGUGGGACGCAUGUUCAUUCUUCAAUCAAAGGAGGACAUCAACAAUCAGCUGAUGGACAAACAGAAAACAGCUGAUGAGAAAAUUAAAGAGCUGGAG